UUUGAAUCAUUACAAAGGGAGGAUAUGAUUGCAUAUACACUCAACUUAUGCUCCACACUCAAUAAGCUGUCAGACCCUUGCGCUAACAUAGUGUCCAACUAUUUUGAUGAUGUAUAUGAGCUUGUGUUGGAUCAACUGCAGUCAAAUGAAAUUUGUACUUCAUCUGACAUCUGCACAGUUGGGUUAUCAAAGAUGAGGCAAGAGAUUCUAGUACCCCAAAAAAAAUAAUUUUCAAAUUUUCUGCACAGAUUGCGAGAAGAUUGCAAGACACGCGCAACAAUCGCUGUUGAAAAAUAUGUCAGUGUCUGUGUUCAAGCAAAAGUUGCAAGAGAAGUGCAGACUGUCGUUAAGCUUUGAAACCGAUUGUCUCUCAUUUGCAGAUCAGUAUUAUCAUGAAAUUUAUAAACUGGUGAAUCGCGAAGUGAAUAGCAGCCAAAUUUGCCAAUUCAUUGGCGCAUGCCACAAUGCUCAAAACCAGCAUGAAAGCCUUCUUGACUUCAGCCCUGAGAUUGAGGAUUCCAUUUCGAUUUUGAAUCAUAAUGAUUCCAUCGAAGAAGUGAAGAUUAUUCAAUGUCCUUUAUGUAAAACUGUUUUUACAGUUGUAAAAAAUAUAGUAAAAAAAAAAAAAAUUACAAAGGCGAAAAUCCUGAAAGCUAUACAUGGUGCCUGCGAUAAGUUAGGUAAAUUUGCCCAAAAGUGUCACGAUUUUGUCAACAAACAUGGCGAUCGGAUUCUUCACGUUGCUGGCAAACUUAAAUCGGUUUGCAAAUUGCUUGGAAUGUGUUUUCCAUUUGCACAGCUAGAAGAAUAUGAAAAGAAUGACAACCAAAAGAAAGAAAACAUUCUGACACCCAUUGUAGAUUCAACGCAAGUGUUGGUUCAUGGGCACCCAAUUAGAACCAACUUUUCGCCGAAUUGUAAUUUCUGCAUGAACAUUAUCCAAACUUUACAGAAAUUUGUCAAUCAACAUUAUGAUAUGAAGACAGCUCUGGAUAGCGUGUGCUCUGUGCAGCCAAAUGAAGACCUGAAAAAUAAAUGCUGGGAAAUAUUAGAAACGCACAAACUUCAGAUCAUUGAAUUAUUGUCGAAAAAUGUAGCUUAUCAAGAAAUUUGCAGAGCUAUUAAUAUGUGCUCAUUGAUGGAGGAUGGAUAUGAAAACAUCCAACUCGUGGACACAUUCCCCGAGUCGACUGAUGAUGAAUAUUCAAUCGAAAAAAAUCCAUUUCUGGGAGAACAGGAUAAUUGGCUGAAAGGAGUAGGAUGCUCCGUUUGUAAGGAAGUUAUUAAAAAGUUAAUAAAAAUUGUGGAACACCAUCACGACAAGGGUAGUAUUAAAAAGGAAAUGCUUAAAAUCUGCCAGAAGAUAGAUAUAUUUUCGAAUAAGUGCGAAAAAAUGGUGCAGAAGCACCUCAAUAAAAUUGUCGACCUAAUAUUAAAGCAUGUCAAUAACAAAAAAAUCUGCAAAACAAUUGGAGUGUGUGAAUCUUCUAUUCGAAAUGAAGAUGUUGAACUGUUUCAAAAGGACACGGAAACAAGCAAAGCACUGCAGGGACUACAAUUAGAAAAUCCUAAGCAAGGUCCUUUUCGUUUAAUUUGUGAGCUCGUUCUGGAAAAUUUUGAUAUGUUACUGGACACUAAAGAAAAACGAAACCACAUCUUGCACAGAAUGCUCUUUACAUGUGAUAAACUUCCAACAUUUAUGCGUGAACCGUGCCAAGAUGGAAUACAUAGUUAUGGUUAUGCUCUCUUGGAUUUGCUAAGCAAAGUAACGCCCCAUGAGUUCUGUCACACUCUCGCAAAUCGUUUAGAUCUGACCAACUGAAUAGAUACAGAGCAUACAGAGCUCUGAUAAAUCACUUAAUCAAUUAAUCUUAUUAAACUUCCUAAAUUUAUUUCUUGUAUUUGAAAUGGAUGCCGCCAAACGAUAAUAUCAGCGGUAUGGUUUACAACUUUAUAAAAUAAAAAUUUAGC